UCUGCCACCACUAGUGGCGGUGCUCUAAAAAAGAAAACAGUUUUGAAGGCGAAAAUUUUAAACAAAUCGCGAAACUACGAGCAAUACCGCAUCGCGAAACACUCUUGGGAGGCGCAAGAUGAAGGAGAACAACAAGAUCCUCCAGCUCAUCUAUGUGGCGUGGCGCGAGCGCUGGUCGGACUCCCAGUGGGGCAUCAACAUAAAAAAGGUUCUGCCAAGGGGCGUCAGCGGGGAUGUGUACAACCUGGCGGACUGCCUCAUGCAGCAGGCACUCAUUGGCUCCACAGCGAAUCCGUUGGUUUUGAACUACCUGAAGCAUUCUCUUUGCACUCAUCUCGUCUCCCAUGCCGCCGUCCUGCGCUGCAUAGCCAAAUACGACAAGCUGGAGCGGGUCUACUGCAUCACCGCACUCCUGGAGUUCCUGGCCAGCAUUGUGGAUGGCGUGACCUGUCGCAUUAAAUCUGAAGAGGCUAUCUUGCCCGGAGCCGUGGUCCACCUGGUCUACUGGCUCUUCCAAAUUUUCGCCCGCACCGUCCAGCAUUAUGAGCUCUAUAGCGAAAUCAGUGGCGAGCAAUCGUACAUGCUGGACCAGACCUGCCUGGUCAUUGAUCGCCUCAGCCAGCAACAGUUCCUGCUCUCCAUGCUCUUUGUGGGCUGCCACGAGGAGCUGGAAAUCUGUGGCCGCCUCCGGGAUAAGUAUGCCAGCAUCAAGGGAUCCCUGACCAACUCCAAUUUCACGCUGAAUGCACCUGCCGUGGAGCAGCAACUGCAACAGCUGGCUUUCAUAGAGGCCAAGCACUUGGACAUGCAGACGCUAAAUCCCUCACCAACGCUGGAGAAGAUCUCCUGCUGUGUGCAGCCCCUGCUGGCGGUGGAGGUGCUCCUGAAUCCCUGCAAGGACACCAGCUACUAUGUGGCCGAGUUACAGAUGCUGCAACGCUUGAAGCGGUACUCCAAUACAAGGCUCUUUUAUGAGAUUAUUCGCGCUGGUUUCCUUACCCUGAGCAACGUGGCCGACACGAGUCCGGACACCAUGUGGGGUGCCUUUAUGUUCUUUAAGAUGCCGCACAUUAUCAAGCAACUGCAUGCCCUGCAGCGUCUGCCCGGAGAGCAGCCACCGCCAGCGGACUACAUACCCGAGCUGGUGGAGGCUUUGGAGUUGCUCAUUGAGGACAACCUGCUGCUGGACUUUAUGGACACCAAGUGCUCCUGUAACAUGAUUGAGUUCCUGCUGAACGAUUGGACCAAACAGCAGUUGGUCAGCGAGGUGCACGUGAAGAAGUUCGCCAGCCAGAGGGAAGCCGCUUCGCAGCUUCUCAAGAAGUGCGACAAUGGCCAGCAGACGCCCUCGAAUAUUAAUUUUAUUAAGCGCGCCGAGGUGCCACUUUCCGGAGUGCUGAAAACGCUGUGCACCAACAAGGUGCAGGAUAUGGUGAAUGUGCUAUGCCAGGUGCCGGUGGGCAAUAGCUUUGAGCUAAUACUCUCCGUGGCGACCGUCGAGGGGCGGCUCAAGACCUUUGUGUCUCGUUUGAUUCAGUGCAAUGAGAACUCCAAGCCAGUGCCCGGUGAGCUGGGCAAGCUGUGCGUCAUCCGAUCCACGCUGUUUGACGUGUCCUUCCUGAUGCUGACCAGUAUUGUCCAGACCUAUGGAUCAGAGGUGGUCCUCUCCGAGCGCGGCGACUCCUUCUUCGAGAAGUGGGUGCGCGAAUGCAUGGUGGAGCGCAACAAGUUGAAGAAUCCCCGCCAGAUUCUCGCUCUCUGCGAUGACAGCAUUGUGGAUGAGCUGCUCCUUAGCCUAAGCAAACCGGAGGCUGCCCAGCUGAAGCCCAGCAAUCUGAGUUGGCAGGACACCUGCCUGAAUCUGCCAGGAGUGCUUCAUCAUGUGCUCAUUGCCUGGGAGCAGGAAACUCUCUCCUCGGCGGAUGUCAAAAGUAUUUUGGAUAACAUUAAGCGGCGUCUCUUUAGCUUCUCCGUGUGCGCCACCAGCUUCCUCUGCGCCUACAUGUACUUGGUGAAGGAAACGGAGCUGCUGAAGCCGCUCAACAUGAUCCAGCAGUUCCUGGCUCCGCUGACCAACGAGGAGCUGUCCAGCCAGGAGAAUGCCAAGGAGCGACUGGCUCUAUCGUAUCAGAUCAUUAGGAAAAUGCAGCAUGACGUUCAUCCCGCUCCGAGCGCCAAGUCUCGCUUGAUUUCACACUCGCCGCUUGUGGAGCAGUUUCGGGAGGUGUGGCGCUCUGUGGUGGAGGCUGGGCACCUGCCCGUUCGUGCUGCUCAGACUCUGGAAUCCCUGCUGCUGGCCGGCGGAGCAGCGUGGCUGGCCACGCAGCUGGUGGAGCAGCUAUUGGCCUGCAAAUACACGCGGGAUAUGUCACGGACCAUGGAUGUGGUCUUUGCCGUGAUGCACUUAGAUAUUGAGAAGACCACGGAGGCGCUGCUGCAGAAUGUGGUGGCUCCUCUUAUGCUCCGACGGCAGGGAGAGGACAUCAAUGAGCCUCAAUCUUUGGUCCUGGCUCGCCUGUGCGUCUACUGCAUCAUAUCCUGCCUGGAGUCACGCAGCGGUAACUCCUCUGCGGCUCUGACAGCCAUGAAGAAGCGUUCACGCUCCCAUGACGAGGAGGAACUGACCCCGAAUGCCGCCAAGGUGCGCAAAGUAAUUGGCGAGGGCAGCGACAACUCCAGCGAAUUUACGGACACGACAGGCGCCGCCGGUGGCACGGGUCUGGGAGGGAAUCUACUGGGAACAGCCGCCGCUGCUUUCACCGCCGAAGUGAGGGCCACACCGCUUACGCUCAAGGAGCCGCUGCAGACGAGCGUGCAGCACAUCUUCGGGGUAUUCCUGCAGUUCGUCAGCGGCGAUGAGCUGUCGCCCAAGGCCGUGUUUGUCUACCAGUUCAUCUCUCUGCUGGUGGAGUGCGGCGGUGAAAGAGUAGCCCCCGUGCUGCGUUUACUGCCCUCCAACCUGGUGCAGCAGCUGCUCAAGGUCCUGGUUACCGAUGACAUACGCGUGGGCCUCAUCAGCCGGCUCUACGAUCUGCGAGUGCCGGGCGGCAGACAGGCGGCCGUGGCCGAUCUGUGCCUGUGGCGGAACAUGCAGAUGGCCAGACACAGCAUACACCUGUGAGGGAUCAGGGGAGCAGGAGCCGAUGAAUAAGAUUAAGAGACGGGGCGGGCGAAAUUGCUAAAUGAAAUUGUAUUAAAAACUAGACAUUUUUUGACUCGA